UGAAGUCUACUGUUUUGUUGUCCCUGUUUCCACUUAGUUACAGCAUGUAGCAUGGCUUUCCUCUUAGAUAAAGAUAUACCGAUUCGUCUAUAGCUUACCAAACGAUACACCAUCGUAAUUUCAGGAACGGUUCUUGGUCACACCGAGAUUAUGACUGAAGCAUAUCGAAUAUGCCUACGUUGCCAUAAAUUGUACACAGCUUGUUAUGCUAGCACGCUAGCCAGUGAUAGCAGUUUAUCUUCUGCUGAUGUCUCGUUAUUAUAAUGGUUCUGUAGCAGACAUUCAAGACACCCUGGAAAACGUCGUUUAACUACUGCAACGGCGGUGUUCCUUCGUUAAUUUUGUGUUCAGUACAGUGAAAGAUGUCUGCAAUGGGGGACCCUGCCUUGGAGAGGCACUUCAAGGGCCACCGAGAUACAGUCACAUCAGUGGAUUUCAGUUGCAACAUGAAACAAAUCGCUUCUGGCUCACUGGAUUCGUGCGUGAUGAUUUGGAAUAUGAAGCCCCAAAUGAGAGCAUACAGAUUCGUCGGUCAUAAGGAUGCAGUGAUGUCCGUUCAGUUCUCACCCUCAGGACAUCUGGUGGCGUCAGCAUCCAGGGAUAAGACCGUCCGUCUUUGGGUGCCCAGCGUGAAAGGCGAGUCCACGGUGUUCCGAGCGCACACGGGCAGCGUGCGCAGCGUGAGCUUCUCGAGUGACGGCCAGUCGCUGGUGACGGCCUCCGAUGACAAGACCAUCAAGGUCUGGGCCGUGCAUCGCCAGAAGUUCCUCUUCUCCCUGAGUCAGCACAUCAACUGGGUGCGCUCUGCUAAGUUCUCUCCAGAUGGGCGCUUAAUUGUGUCCGCCAGUGACGACAAAACCGUAAAAAUAUGGGACAAAAACAGCCGUGAAUGCAUACACUCAUUUUAUGAACAUGGAGGGUUUGUGAACUACGCUGACUUCCACCCGAGUGGCACCUGCAUUGCAGCAGCCAGCAAUGACAACACGGUGAAGGUCUGGGACAUUCGCAGCAAUAAGCUGCUGCAACAAUACCAAGUGCACAGUGCAGCGGUGAACUCGCUGUCCUUCCACCCCUCUGGGAACUUCCUCAUCACAGCCUCCAACGACUCCACGCUGAAGAUCCUGGACCUGGUGGAGGGCAGACUACUCUACACACUACACGGACACCAGGGUGCUGCUACUUGUGCAGUGUUCUCCAGGAAAGGGGACUUUUUUGCCUCAGGAGGUGCUGAUGAACAGGUGAUGGCGUGGAGAACCAACUUUGCCUCCGUGGACUAUGGAGAGGUGUUACGCAGUCAAACGCUCCUCGCUGGUGAAAAUGGCACCUCAAGCAGGUCUGCACACACCAGCUCUCAAACCCAGAGUAGACUACAGCCAAGUGGAACCACCACUGUCAAAAGCUCGUCGGACCGGCUUACCAGCAGAGGUACGAGCGGACUCCGACUUGGACCGGCCAGGGGUUCGAGUGACCUCCUCAUGCCUGAUGACCAGGAGGAGGAGGUGGAGGAGGAGCAGUGGCAUGAACCUCCCCUUGCUCCUUCAGCCGCGGCCAGGGAGGAGGCCAUACCUCCCGCCCUGGCCAGCACUCUGGAGAACAUAGUGGUUCAACUGGACGUCCUUACACAGACGGUGGCGAUUCUGGAACAGAGGCUCACUCUGACAGAGGACAAGCUGAAGGAGUGUAUUGACAACCAACAGAAGAUUGCGCUGCAGCAGCAGCAACUCCAGCAGCAGCAAGAGCAGCAGGCCGGCCAGUGAAGGGGAGAAGGAUGCAUCUCUAGCUGGAACCUGAAGGACAAAAGGCCAGGGAGGCCAGGUGUGAAGGCUGGAUCUCCUUAGCUGAGAGGAUGAGAGACUUGGGGUCCUUUCCAACAUCCUAACUCCCGGCCUCCCCAAGUGCUUGUGGCCUCAUGACAAUGCCACAAGGCGUCAUGGAGGACAGAAAUGUCAUUCGAUAUCUUGCAAAAGCACAAUUGAAAUGUCAUUUUUUUCAUUUGCAAUCAGAAUGUUGAAAGGGGAGUUCCUCAAAAGUUUCUCACAAGCACAGGUUGAGGACGGGAGUCAGGAUAUUGGAAAGAGCCCUUACCUGCUGUACCCCUGCUCCUUAUUUCCCCACUUGGUGACUCAUGCCCCACACACACACACACACACACACACACACACACACACACACACACACACACACACACACACACACACACACACACACACACACACACACACACACACACACAUACACACACAUACACACACACACCCCUGCCAUUGUUUUGGUCACCUCUCCUCUCCGUUCUUUCCAGCCUGAUGCCUGAGAAACGUUGAACUUUGAACUUUCAAAGCACAUACGUAUAGUAUGUAGAGCUCAUCUACAUCUUGUGGACCUGUGGCUUACAUCUCUUGAAAAACCACUCGGACGUCAAACUGUUCCUUAUUUCUAGGUAUGGUGUUAUGCUUGGACAACAUCCGUGGGAUUUUAUUAUUGUUGCUGUUUAGAUUUGUUUUACUAGAAAGUAAGCGAACUGGAGAGGGGUAUGGAAAAUUACACAAAAACUGUCAAACGUCCACAACAAAUGUUUGGGCUUUGAGGAAUUGGCAGAGAGAAGGUUGUCUGCUGAACAGAAGUGGUUCCCUCAGUUAUGCUUAGCCAUGAAAAUCAACGUAAAUGUUAAUGGUAAACACCCCGAUGCCUCAGUCAAAUGAAACACAUGUACAACACACGUUUGACUGGAUCAGCUGAAUUAAACUUGGCAUCGGCACUUCUUCAUUCCUGCUUUUUCUGUUAAGUUAUAUUACGGUAAGUUAACCAUGGAACUCAACAGUCCCAAUGUUUGGGUGCCUUAAUGCUGAUCUGCAGUGAAACUUGAGCUUCCAUUAGAGGCUCUUUCGUUUGUUUAGUGUGGUGUUACUGGGUGCAUUCUACUUUGUUUGUUUUUGUUGUGUGAUAGGCUUAAAUUAAUUGCUUCCUGAUCUUGUGUUUUUACAAAGCACAGCUUGAGGCAAGAGUGGAAUUAUUUUAAGUGUGAAGAUUGUCAGACAAAAUAUGUUUAAUAAGUUUAUGAAAUAAUAAAAUGAAAAUUAAA